UUGUGUUUCUUCAGGAUCCAGCGAAAUAAUUGCUGAAAGAGAAGAAGGAACAAUCCAGAAUAAUUUUGAUUUGGAGGAGGUCCAACUUCAAAAGGAGCAAGAAGGCGUUUGCAGCAACUGUGAAAGUGUUGAGUCCAAACACUGUCCGAAUUCUGAUGAAAUUCAGAAUUUAAGUUCACCGGAGAAGGGAGCGACAGUCAAGAAAAGCAUAGACUUCAACAGAUCAAGCUUUCUAGAAGAAUAUAAUUUCAGUCCUGCAGAAAAGGAAACACUAAUGAAAAUUGCUAUUCCUGAAAUUCUCGAAAUCUGGCUGGAGGAGUCUGCCGAAGACUUUCGUCAAGUUCCAACUUACUCUUGUCUCCGGAAGGUACUUUCCUACUUGAACCAGACAGUGCCAGGGUCAGAUGCUGAACAUCGGGCCCAGAAACUCCUGAGUUGGUUUUUGGCGGAGGAAACAGCGGAGAAAGAGAUGUUUAAAGGCUACCGUAGAAGAGUCAGAUUCUAUGUGGGAGAAGAACACGACCAAACCAUCGAACAAGUUGACGAAAAGCUCCUGUCCUACCCAUCACGCUUCAUUGCAGAGCAGCUGACUUUUAUGGAUGCUGAUCUUUUUCGGAAACUUGUGCCCAGCCAAUGUUUAGGGUCCAUCUGGUCUCAACGAGGGAAGGAAGAAAAACAGCAUCUGGUAUCAACCGUCCAGGCCACCAUGACACAGUUCAAUAAUGUUACAAAAUGUGUCACCAGCACCAUAUUAAGACGCCAACAGUUGAAACCAUGGCAGACGGCUAAAAUCAUUGAGAAAUGGAUUGAUGUUGCCCAGGAAUGUAGGAUUUUGCAGAAUUUCUCGUCAGUGCAUGCUAUUACCACUGCAUUGCAAUCAAAUAGUGUGUUCAAUUUGAAGAAGACUUGGGCAGCCGUGUCAAAGAGCAGUAAGACAACAUUUGAAGACCUUUCAAACAAUGAAGAAGAUAACUUUGUAGCGAGUAGAGAGCUGCUAAUGGAGGAUAUCGUUCAGGGAAUUGUGCCGUACCUGGGAACUUUCUUAACAGAAUUUUCAGCACUGGAUUCGGCUUUCCCGAAUUACCAUUCAAAUGGCUUGAUCAACUUUGACAAGAGACAAAAACUCCUCUGAACUCGAGAAACCGCCAAAGCCCAAAAAGAGUGUGUUUAAACGCCUCAGCUGCCUGUUUUCAAAGAGAGGUGUUAAAAUACACAACACUCAAACUAAAAGCUCUGAG